AUGGGCGCCUAUCUCUAUGGGCGCAUAUCUCUAGGGGCGGCUAUCUCUAUGGGCGGCUAUCUCUAUGGGUGCCUAUCUCUUUGGGCGCCUAUCUCUAUGGGCGCCUAUCUCUAUGGGCGCCUAUCUCUAGUGGCGCCUAUCUCUAAGGGCGCCUAUCUCUAUGGGCGCCUAUCUCUAGGGGCGCCUAUCUCUAGGGGGCCGCCUAUCUCUAUGGGCGCCUAUCUCUAUGGGCGCCUAUCUCUAUGGGUGCCUAUCUCUAUGGGCGCCUAUCUCUAUGGGUGCCUAUCUCUAUGGGCGCCUAUCUCUAGGGGCGCCUAUCUCUAUGGGCGCCAAUCUCUAGGGGCACCUAUCUCUAUGGGCGCCUAUCUCUAUGGGCGCCUAUCUCUAUGGGCGCCUAUCUCUAGGGGCGCCUAUCUCUAG